AUGUCUAAUAAUACGCGCGACGGUAAUGAAAAUUUCUGGCCACCGAACCAGCAACCACCACCGCACCAUUAUCCGCAUCAUCCGCAGCAACAACAUCACCAGCACCACCAGCAACUGCAUCAAACACUGUUGCAACAACCGGUGGUGCCGCAGCUGCUCCCUCAUCCGCAGCAUCUCUCGUACGCUGUUCCGACCUUGCCGGUGGUAACGCCGUCCGCUGCUGCAGCAUUCUAUCAUAACGCGGGCGGUAUGGUGGAUAACUAUGGCACAACCGGGACCGGAUAUUCAAUGCACCAUGGUACACAUCAACCCUUGGAGGACGAGUACACCGAUACUUAUGGGCAAUCGAUUAAAGUGGUGUAUCAACCGCAUCAACAACAGGCUGCAGCUGCUGCAGCUGCCGCCGGUUUGAUACCUUGUGCGCAGGAAGAUGCGAAUCAAAAUCACACCGUGCAGGACAAGCAAGGUUAUGAACUGUUUUCAAACAAUAGCAGCUUUGUGCUGGCUGCUCCGGGGUUCGGAUUUACUCUACAUAGUCCACAGCAACAACAACAACAGCAGCAGCAGCAACAACAACAACGAACGCAACAGCUGCAACCACCUCAACAGUUGCCGCAAUACUCCAUCUCCACUGGUCAAGCAGCAAUGUCUGCUGCCCCUGCAUCACUCAGAAGCCUUCCAGCUUCUGUACCAGCCACAGCAAAGCUUUCAUUGGAAAAUGGUAGCAGCAACACCAGCACUCUGAUCAGUCAGCUCGUGGGUAACUGGGCUCCUACGAUUUCCGGCACGUACGGUAAUGGACCAUCGUCCAACCAGGCAAAUGAUGUACCAUCCCAAUCCUCGGUUGCUGCGACGCUAGAAGACACCAGCAGCAAGACUACCAUGUCACCCGCCAAGACAGGAUCGUCGAAACCUGUAAUUAAUCCUGUCCCACCGAACGUUGUUGGCUCAGGAUCUCAAUCACACGGUUCAUCUUCGGGUGGUUCCCCGACCGUUUCGAUGCCCCGCACAAACACAAAUGUAGCCACCGCCGUUUACAACCAGCAGAACGACGAUAAUUCGGCCAAGCUCGAUCAGAAUGUAAACAAGAAGCAGCGCAUUGUGGCCGAAGUGAAACCGAUGCGUAUGUCGUACUCCGAUGUGUUGAGCAAGAAUGUUCCUACCGGAGGUAAUGCUUUCCCUUCCAAUGCUGCAGCGAGUGCUAUGCUAAAUGGAGACAUGAGCAAUGUUUUACCUUCGACGCUCGGUAAUGGCACCAAAGCAAUGACCAGCAGCAAUGGCACAAGUGGUGGUAAAUCGAAACGAGAAUCUAAACGUACGAACACGAACGGAGAUCGUAAAUCAACGGGAAGCACUGGAACGGCAGGGGGUCAUCAGAAGGACCGGGCAGGAAUCGAUGGAACUUCACGCAAGGCAAAUGGUGCUGGAACUCGAACGAUCUCUCCAACACAGGCGAUGGAUGGAGUCCCAAGAGUGGACAUAAGUGCUGGGUCAACAGGACAGGAAAAGGGCCGUAAGAACGAGAAGGCGAAUAUCGGUAAGAAGGAUAAGAACUCCCGCACUGGUAUCGAAACACUGGACGGAAGUACUAUAUCCGGCAAGAAAGGUAGAACGGCGCAUCUGAACGACGUAACAGAGGAAAUGGCUGGAUCGCAGAACAACCGGAACGAUGUUCGCGGACCAUUGGCAAAUGAUGAAACCGAGGAAGAACGUGGCGAAGAUUACGAUGAGUAUGAUUCGGACGAGUACGAUCAAGAUAGUUUCGAUUCCUCGGAAACGACCGGACAGCAAGAAGGAGGACACCAGGAAGAUGCAAGUGGCCAGGAAGAGGAACUUCCAUUCGUGUAUAAUGUGAAGAAGAACACAAACGGAACGAAUGAUACACAUAUCGAAAAAAUUAACCCACCACGAGCAGCUGCGACGUAUCGCAAGGGAGGCCGCAAUGCCGGACCGCGUGGUGCCGGAAAGCAGCAGGAUAAAAUGGCCGGUAAUCCACCGGCCGGGAAACGUUCGGUACGAGCCCGUAAAAACCAUAAGUACGCUUUCCUGGAGAAGCUGUUCCGGAAGUGGUUGGAGUAUAUGGUGCUGGCGCUUCACUGGUUGUGGUCGCUGGUCAGCGAUGUUGUGUACCUAAGUGUACGACUCGCCUGGGACUAUGUGCUAUCCGGGUAUCAGUAUUGCUGGCAGCAUGUGUGCACGAUACGGCAAGAUUUUGGUAAAAAUUCUGGACGACCCGGAGCUUGGUUUCGGAGCGGCUGGCAAUCGUUCGAUGGACGCUUUGCGAAGGAUUCAAAGUGGGCAUUUUGGCGGCGUUGUCGCAGACAGAAGCCCGUUGAACCACCCGGGAGCAAACCGACACCGUACAGGGAUGGACGGCUUCCUUCAACUGCGGACGAAGCGAUGUCCUCGCUGCUCAACUGCAAGGGUAAGGACGCGUACAGUAUUCUGGGCGUAAGUCCGGACUGUUCCCAGGAGCAGAUACGGAAACACUACAAAAAGAUUGCCGUGCUGGUGCACCCGGACAAGAACAAGCAACCGGGCGCAGAAGAAGCGUUCAAGGUGCUGCAACGGUCGUUCGAGUUGAUCGGUGAGCCAGAAAGCCGCAAGGAGUACGACCAGAGCCUAGCCGAGGCACUGAACGCGGAGAAAGCAUGGUCUGAGAUUAACGAUCUGUUGACGCAGCUGCACACGAAGAUAUCGGAAGCCGCCAACACAAUACGAUGUAGCAGCUGCUGUCUGCGUCAUCCGCGAAAACCAACCGGAAGAGCACAUUACGCGGCCAGGGAGUGCAGCUCGUGCAAGAUCCGUCAUCCGGCUCGAGAGGGCGAUAUUUGGGCUGAAACGAGUUUCUUCGGAUUGCGGUGGAAAUAUCUCGCGAUGAUGGAGGGCAACGUGUACGAUAUCACGGAAUGGGCCAACUGCCAGAAGGGUGCCUUAUCGCACCUGCAGCCCAAUUCGCAUAUUGUGCAGUAUCGCAUCGUGCUUGGCAGUAGCUCCCAGCAGCAGCAGCAGCAACAGCAACAACAACCGCAACAUCAGCAAGGCCAGUCGCUGGACAAGGACCAGAUUGGACGCUCACGCAAGGAACCGGGUGCAAAUGAGCCAAAUUUGGACGAUUUUCUAAACAACAUCUACGCCGGCCAGAACCAGCAAGCAUCGUCUCAGAAUAGCUCCUCUAGGCGACGCUAUCGUAGAAACUAA